ACUACCGCAAGAGAGCUUCCUUACGAGAGGGAAAACGAAACAGAAACAGGAAGCUCGCGCGCGAGAAGGAUGGCGAAAACUUUUGUAUAUGAGACUGAAGGUGAAGGGGUAGCAACAAGCCAGCAAUUCAGCUUCAGGCAACGGCUACUGCUAUCUAGCCUUUUUAGUCACCGAGAAUUCGUGAUUUGAACCGAAUGGUUUGCUUUCUCAGAAAAUCUCAUUCCUUCGAUUAAUGGAGAUGGUUAGCGACGACUGCGCCGUCUAAAUCAACGGAACCGGUAAGAAAGGGAGGGAGGCAUCUCGUGCACGGCUGCGGUCUUAGUAGGUCUAUCAGGACAGUUGGACUGGUGAAAAAUGGUUUAGAGGAUCAGAGGAAAACCUUUGUCUAUCAGCUUUUCUUCUCAGUUUGGGCACACUAUGAAACAUGCUGGAAGGCAUGGUGUUUUCUUUUUGGUGUUUUUAUUUUGUUGUUUUCACUUGGACUGGUGAAAGAAUGGUUUAGAGGAUCAUAGAAGACCUUUCUCUAUCAGCUUUUCUUCUCAGUUUGGGCACUCUAUGAAACAUGCUGGAAGAUUUUGCCUUCUCUCGCGACUAUUGACUCAUUCGCUGCAUCUUCCUUUACGAUUCAUGCACCAAAAGCUAUUGAUGGAAGGUACACACGCUCUUAACAUGCGCACAUGGGAUUGAGGCAAUUGAUACUCCGAGCAGACGAGAGGAGUGAGAAGACCAAGGGUAGCAAGAACGACGAUGGAAUCGCAUCUGGGUUUGAUUGACCAGUCUUUUGACGCCCGAUACUCAUCUUGGGCUCGGGAAGCUCUAGACGAAUUGCCAGAUAGUUUUACUGUCACUGAUCCUUGUAUUUCUGGCCACCCGAUCGUCUUCGCCAGCCGGGGUUUCUUGAAAAUGUCUGGGUACUCGAAAGAUGAGGUGAUCGGGAAGAAUGGCAGAAUGUUUCAAGGGCCGGCUACCAAUCGGAGAUCGGUUAUGGAGAUUAGAGAGGCAAUUCGGGAGGAGAGGACUAUACAGAUCAGUUUGUUGAAUUAUCGAAAAGAUGGAACACCGUUCUGGAUGUUGUUUCAUAUGAGUCCUGUUUUCAGUAAGGAUGAUGGCAGGGUGGUUCAUUUCGUUGCGGUUCGGUUGCCGAUAUCAAGGAGACCGAGGGGUUUUGGGAGGAAUUGCAAUAAUUUGGGGGAGGAUGGGUCUAGAAUCCUCGAGAUUGUAUUCGGGUCUUGUCGGAGGGAGGUAUGCACGGAUUCUGUGGCGGAAAUGGGUCGUUGUCGGACAUUGGAUUCAUUCGUCGACUCUGAUAACAGAGGAUUAGAAGCUGAAGAGUUAUGUGAAGCAAGUGAUCUGGAGAAACGGAAAGCUGCAACAGCAAUCAAUAACAUAUUGUCUGUGCUUACUCACUAUAGUGAGCUAACAGGCAGAUUGGUCAGUGGGAAACGAUGCAACUCAUCUGGGAUGGUCCCUCUCAGUUCAUCCUUAAAUAUAUCUCUUGGUAGAAUCAAACAGAGCUUUGUAUUAACCAAUCCCCACUUACCUGACAUGCCCAUUGUCUAUGCUAGUGAUGCCUUUUUGAAUUUGACAGGCUAUGCUAGACAUGAGGUAUUGGGACAAAACUGUAGAUUUUUAAGUGGACCUGAUACAGAUCCAAAGACUAUAUGCCAGAUAAAGAAAGCCAUUCAAUCUGAGCAAGCCUGUAGUGUGCGUAUCUUAAAUUACAGGAAAGACAGGAGCUCAUUCUGGAAUCUUCUUCACAUUUCACCUGUUCGGAAUGCUACUGGCAAGAUAGCGUUUUAUGUUGGGGUUCAGAUAGAAGAAGGUGGUAAGAACGAGGGAGGCAAAGGGUUGAGCCCAGAGAUGAGGCAGCUGGGUGCUGUGGGUGCAGUCAAGGUGGCAGUAAGGAGCUUAUGGAUGGGCGCCGGCACUUCUAAGACAUAAGAAUGCUUCAUGCUUCUCUUUUCUCUAUGUAGUUCAAGUCGUUUGGAUUUGUAUUCUCAUCUCAUCAUGGCUGACCGGCAUCAUUAAACUCGUAUAAUGCAUAAUAUACUGAGAAUGUUUCAAUGAAAAAGUUGAAACAAUUCUAAUUCUUC